CCAGUGAUAAUUCCAUCGCUUGAUGACAAUACAAUUUUCUCAGAAAAUUGAAGAAUGUUCGUAAAAGCUUUCACAGUGGGGCUGCUGCUGGUCCACUUUAUUAGUUCUGGAUCCACUUCCUCACUCCCCACAAUUUCUUCCAAAAUCAAACGCCAGAGCAUCGAUGACUAUCCUCCUUGCAUGAUGCCCGACGGUCAACACGGCCGCUGUAAACCCAUCCAAACCUGCCAGUCCAUCAACGCCCACGUUGGCGACCAGAACCCACUCAAAGCCCGGUUUGUGUGGCAUUCCGAAUGUGGAUUCCAGGGUGAAGAACCCAAAGUCUGCUGCCCGCUCAGCACUAGGGACACGAGUCUAGACGAAAAUUCCCAGUUUGUCAAAACCGAUCUACUUGCCAGUCGAGAAGAAUGCGGAAUUUCCAGCUACUCCAAAAUAUUUCGCGGCAACGUCACCGAACUAGGCGAAUUCCCAUGGAUGGCUGCACUGGAGUACGAGAUGCAUAGUAAGAGAUCGGGGAACACUUUUAUAGAUGUUAGAUGUGGGGGCACUUUGAUUAGCAAGAGAUACGUUGUAACGGCAGCGCACUGUGUGGAGCCGCGAUUGAGGAGCGUGCGACUGGGUGAACACAACCUCAGGACUAACCCAGAUUGCGAUAAGGAUGGAGAUUGUGCUCCGAAGUAUCUCAGUGUAGACGUCGUAGAACGUGUGGUUUUCAAAACGUACAAGAAAAACCAGUACCACGACAUAGCUUUGCUACGUUUGAAAGAGGAAGUCGAGUUUUCUGAUUUUAUUAAACCGGUGUGUCUACCAACAACCGUAAAAGAUGUAUAUAGGUCGUACCGUGGAGAAAAUAACGUCAUAGUGGCAGGUUGGGGUCUCACGGAAACAGGGAAAUAUAGUAAAGUUCUACUUAAAGCUAACGUUCCAAUCGUCAGCUCGACAAAAUAUUUUGACUACGAUGAAGGUUUGAUACUUGCUGGAGGACAGGAAGGAACGGGUGCGUGUUUUGCGGAUAGUGGUGGACCUUUGAUGAUCGAAGGACGAGUGAUGGGUGACACGCGUUGGUUUGCUAUUGGUGUCGUGUCUAAUGGACCAGAUCCAUGUGCCCAGGCGGACCAACCAACUACUUUUGCUCGCAUUUCAAAGUAUAUGACGUGGAUUGAAGACACCAUCAGACCUUAAACGAAAAAAAACCAAAAUAUUUCACCUGUAACCCUGUCUAAAUCAUUUGAAAAUAAAAUUACAACAAAAA